UUUGCAGGCAAACUCAUCUUUUAUCACCCCCGCCAUCUACCAUGUCAUCCUCUAGCCACUCUUUACAAGAGCUCAACGACACCCUCUCUCGCUUGUCAACCAAAGACGACAAGACAGCCGAGGUCAUCGACUGGGUAGGACGCAACAGCUCAGAGCCUCCUUUGACAACGUUUCACCUUCCCGGUGGAGGAAACGCAUUUGGCCCGAACGACGAUCCUGGGCAUGACUUCAUUGGUACUCCGAUGUGGGCGACCUUUCUUGCACGUCACGGGUUGUCGGACACCGAUGUCGCGUACGCAAUGCUGCGCAAAAUGUCAGAGGAGCUGCCACAAUUCCUUCCGCUUUCUGCGCCGUGCGCGUAUGCGAACCCUGCCAAAGCGGAUGAAUGUCCUAACCCGGGCUCACAAGUGUGCAGCAGCUGCCGCCUGGUAAAAUACUGCUCCAAGGUGCGCACAUGGUACUGCAAAGCCAAUAUUCGGUCGGAGCAAUGGCAGCCCGCGUGGAUCGAAGAAGGACGCCCGCCUACGUUUGUGAGCGGGAUACCGCGAAAGCACCCCCUAAGUCAAGGGCUUCCUCUGUACGAUCCAUUACAUAUGAUUCCCCCACUCAUCCGAGUAUCAGCCUCGGGAGAUCUUCGCAACGUUGUGAAGACCGUCAAUUGCAUGCCACGGGACUACACUGACAAGCUGACCAUCGUCAUGAACGAUCGCGACAAUUACGUCACCCUGCGCAACAUACUCAUGCUGCAGAUCCUCGCUAAGAUUCCGAACAAGCGCAAGGCCGCCGACUUGGCACUGCACCUCUGGUACUCUGCCUUCGUCCCAGUCAUGUAUCACACCGAAAUCCUACCCAUUGCAGUAGAGUUGGCCACAGGCACUGAGCUCAUGCAUACGCAACUAGGACCGAACGCUGUCCUCGACGCGGACAUCAACCAGGAUCUGCGCAUGCUCUGUGGAAUGUUGGCGAUCUCCCCAAAAGCGUAUGGCAUGGGUGACGCUGCAAAUGAGCUUGGCCGCGUUCGAUUCGACCCUGACCGCACAGAUCUUCGCCACAGGCAAUGGGCUCGAUGCGAGCCUUCGCAUCGGCUGACACUGCUCGAGUAUAAUCGCUUUGGCAUCGUCCUUCCAUUUGGUGCACACGAUGCGCAUUUCAACUCGCCGAACCGUUUCCUCUUCUCUCCACGUGGCGAAUGGCUUCAGAGUGAUGGCGCGAACCCACUGAACUGCUGGAACAUCGAGGAGGUCAUAGAAUCUGGCAAAGCCCAUGGCACGACGCGCGAGGACCUGUACGGCUGCCUCUACUACCAUGUCGCCUCGCAGCUGCAGACGUUCGCGGAGCGACUCGCACACAUGAAUAUCUCCAUCAAGAUCGCGAAUACGGACACGAUCGACCUCGCGACGAGCAUCCGGCGCGGCGACCUUGUGCGCAUCGGGAUCCCGGAAGAGAUGCGCUUCGACCGCAUCGACGUCUCAAAUCUCGUCGACCAAGACUACCUCGGGAUCCCGAGUAUCCUGGAUGCUUGGGGAGGAUUUCUGAAACGAAGAGACGAUGCGACGAUCGUUGGGCAUUUCAUGAACUGGCCAGGGCGAGAGCCCGGUGCUGAGCCCGGGAAAGAAGACAUGAAGGAAGUUGUUGAUAGGCUUAUGAAUAGUGGCAAGAUCACACUGCCAGACCGUGGCAAAGUGCACAGCAUGGAUGACAUGAAAGCUUGGAUGGGCAACAUCACUGCCACGGCCCACGCAUCAGCCGCCGUGUACGACAACUCGAAGGCGUUCGAGGCGCACCUCACCAAGCAAGGUCUCGCCGCUGCGCUGAAGAAGGCGGGCCUCAAGCGCAGAUUGAAACACGAAAUCGUCCCGCACCGUCUCUGUGCACCGCUUGACGGCAUGCCGUCGACCUUGCCGGACUUCAAGGACAAGGAGAGCUGGUACCUGCAGUCAAAUAUCGCAAUGCCGAUGUGGACCGAGCGUUACAUCGAGAUCGUGCCUGCGUAAGCGCAAUUUCGCAACAGUGAGCGAAGGCGGGAAUUAUGUAUACUGAAGCAAGAGGCAGAAGACUCCGCGGUGCAUGACCGGACGUGCGUGCUUGUUCGUGCACCGUGUGGUCGUUCCGCCUCUGUAUUCUGCACUAGGCUGCUGUUCUAUCUCCUGACAACCGUUUACACUGUUUGCGGUUUACUCUUAGCUAGCGUCUAUGCGUGUCGUGUGCGAUGAUGCAUUACCUC